AUGGGCACAGUGGCCUUGUGCGUUGCCAUGGGCGUCAUCUACGGUGGUUCCUGGAAGCAGUCCCAGGUCUCCGCUUUGCCGCAGGCCUUACGCGAGGCGGAGAGCAAGUUAGCUGAGGUCACGACCAGCGGCAAAGGGCCACGCAUUGGUGCGCUGGACAGCCUGAGGUUUGUUCUGAUUGCUUACAUCGCCAGCGGACACUUUAUUCACACCGCCACCAAGAACCCUUUCCUCCUGCGCAUGAUCACGCAGAUCAAUGUGGUGGUGGGUGCUUUCUUCGUGAUCUCCGGCUACGUGGCUGCCUACACCACCACCACGCUGGGGCAGCGGAAAGGCACAGAGAGACUGGACAAUGCGGUGGAGUUUGUGGUCCCAAGAGUCAUGAGUUACUGGACGCUACACAUGGUGGUGUUGUUGAUCUUUUCGCCAAUGUUCCUUUAUGUGGAUGUGGCAUACAGUGGUUGGCCCACGGCGCUUUGGCACGGCUUCAUCUCCACUUUUAUGCUUCAGGUCCUGAAGUUGGACCUGCCACACUUUGGCACUCUGACAGGCAGCGCCACCAAUCAGGUCUGGAAUGCCCCGACGUGGUUCCUGUCGGCCUUGACCUUUGCAUUCCUUGCCCUUCCCUACUGCUUGCGGGUGCUGGCCACUCAAAAAAAGGAGCAGCUCAGGCGGACGCUGGUGAUCCUGACCCUCGUGAGUUUGGUCCCAAAGAUUGCUUAUAGCUCUGACCUACACUCCUGGGGCAUCAUGGAGGGCAUGUUGAAUGCAAAGACACAUCCCAACUAUGCUGUUUUCAACUCCUUGCGCUUCAGCCCUUUGGGGGCCUUACUUGAGGUCAGCACCUGCGUCGCACAGCUGCAAUGGGGAAGGGCUGGCCCAAAACCUCGGGUGGUUGGUGUCGAAAGGGAGAUCAGAGCUGGUGAUCGAAUGUCCAAGAAGGCCGGGCCCGAGACACAUGGACCGCAUGGCUGCUGGCAAGUUUUGCUCUUGAUGCUGGGACUGGAGAUGGAUGUACAGUUCAUCCACCCACUAAGUUUUGUGGGCUACUCUUUCCCGUGGCGUCGAAGAAGCUUCACCGUUCCUGGACGCGCUGAAGCUGACCUGGAUCUGGAUUUGAUGCUGUCGCCAGCGGGGAGUGGUCUUUCUCGUUACAAAGGCACUGGAUUUGACCCAGAGGCCUGUGGAGAGGCCUGCGAAGCCUUAGCUGAAGCGGUGGCCAAGGGCAACCAGCACCAGGUCGAAGGUCUGGUGACUGCUCUGAAGCUCAUGAUGCCUCCAGCCAGUGGUGCUGAACAAGCCCUAGGUCCACCCAGGGACAACUUCAUCCUGCGCCCCGAGGAGUUGCAGUGGACGGAGCAAGACUUCCUGGGAGGUCGCGUGGCGGACGUGGGAAGUGGACUGGUUGACCAAG